GUGUCGGCAAGCUGCGGUGGGGACUUGAGGAGAUAGGCCGAUAUUGCUAUAGCCCUGCUUCACGUAUUCAAAAGUUUUGAAUAAUCUCUACUUUUGCUAUUCGCCGAUCGCCAGAUAAAGGAAGAAGAAUACGCCAUAGAGGUCUGCUGAAGUUUUAUCAUCAGAGCACCAUAUACCGUUCUUGGUCUUGAACUGGUAGAAGCAAAAAGAAGGUGGAAGGAAGGAUCCGAUCCGAGAUCCGAGGAUAUACGGUGAUUGUGAUUGCGCGACCGGCAACCGCGGCAGGGCGACGACGCGGCACGUGAAAUUGUCCAUUUUCAUAAAGAGAUACGUUGCCAGCUACCGCCCUAACCUAUUUCCAACAGCGUGCGUCUGACCCACGCGUGAACCUCGAGCCUCGGAUACAUUUGUCGCAAAUCACUAAAACCUGCGAAACGAUAUUUUAACGGAAGUUGCAGUAGUUGCAUCCGUGUUUUGCAUGUUGCCGGUUGCUUCAGCUUUCUAUGUAAGCCUGUGCGUUUGCGCGGAAAAGCCGCGAACAGAUUUCAAGGAUGAGCAAGGCCGAGAAACGUGAAGAGAUCCGCCAGCUUAUCCAGGCGUUAUUGCUCUCCCGAAAUGGCGCCACAGCUGUACCGCUUCUAGAGAGAGACUAUUAUAAUGCGGAGAACACCCGUAUACCGUAUCGUCUAUUUGGUUAUUCCAAUUUAGUGGAAUUUCUCCAAAGUUUCCCGGAACAUUUCAUUGUCGAGCAGUACAACGGCGGUCACUACGUACGCGGGAUUCCGUCGGAGAGAAGUAGGCACGUCAGCUCGUUGGUGUCACGUCAGAGGAUGAGAGAAUGUAUCCGCAAUGAUCAAUCAAGCGUAUCUAGCGGUGUGGUGAUAAACAGACGUGUUAUAUCUGGCCUGGUAGGAGCAAAAAGAAGGUGGAAGGAAGGAUCCGAGCAUUCCGAGCAUUCCGAGCAAUCCGAUAUCCGAUCCGAGAUCCGAGGAUAUACGGUGAUUGCGCGACCGGCAACCACCGGCAACGGCGGCAUCCGCGGCAGGGCGAAGCUUCGGCACGUGAAAUUUGUACAUUUUCAUGGAGAUACGUUGCCAGAGAUUUCAAGGAUGAGCAAGGCCGAGAAACGUGAAGAGAUCCGCCAGCUUAUCCUGGCGUUAUUGGUCUCCCGGAAAGGCGCCACAGCUAUACCGGUUCUAGAGAGAGACUAUUAUUAUGCGGAGAACACCCGUAUACCAUAUCGUCAAUUUGGAUAUUACAAUUUAGUGGAAUUUCUCCAAAGUUUCCCGGAACAUUUCAUUGUCGAGCAGUACAACGGCGUUCACUACGUACGCGGGAUUCCGUCGGAGAAAAGUAAGCACGUCAGCUCGUUGGUGUCACGUCAGAGGAUGAGAGAGCCCCCGAAAGCCAGAUACAUCCAACCCCGUUUUCGUCCGCCAUUUAAUCGGCGUCCACAUCAUUACGCGAGGCCAGUGCAGGAAUUUCACAUCGCACCUGACAUGUUAUGUCAGCUUCUGCAACAUAUAAAAGACAAUCCAAACGGUGUGAGUCUGCAGGACGCUGUGACGAUCGUACAGCGGUCAGUGCCAUACGUCAGUAUUUCUGCACAGCAAUUACGGGGGCAAUUACAAUUGCUGUCGCAUCAGUUGCGCCUGGAUGGCAACAUGAUUUUUCCGAUCUUGAGUAACGAUUCGCAUAAAGCGGCCCAGCAGCAGCUUCCGAAGGAAGAGCCACAGUUGCCGAGCAAAUCACAGAUCGACUCGGAAUCGCCUCCGACACCAACUAUAUGUGCUGCCGGACAAGAGGAUUACGAGAAUGGUAUAGAGUAUUUUAGUGAUGACGAUUUUCUGCCAGCUGAUUCUGCCAGUAACUGUCAGAGACGUGCAGAAACGAAUGGGGAAAUAAGUGAUAAAGAAGCCUUUGCCAUGAUGAAUGGCAACGGCAACACGGAAAUGAGGACUGCCGACGUUGAUAUGUCCCAACUGAUAAGUGAUAGAAUAAAGUUGCGACUGAAGGAACUGAUGCGGAAACAUCCGGACGGCAUUUGGUGUCCCGAUCUGCCCAACUUAUACUUACGCGAGUACAAGGUGUGCCUGAAUUACGUCCAGUUGGGCUUUGACAGUGUGCGCGAAUUCGCGUCUUACCUGCCGCAAAUCUUCUACAUGACGCAGGUUGACAAGAUGGAUGAUUUCAUGCUUUAUAGCGCGGACAAGAGGCCAGUGGUUCCAGAGCCUAUUGAUAUAGCGCAAACUUUGCGUAAUUACGAGGAUAAUCCACCGUUUCCAUCAGAUGUUUCUCCUACCAUUACCAGGAUCUUCGCUCCUAAUGACGUGAUGAAUUAUGACGAUAAAGUUGACAAAAUAUCGGUGGUUGAAUUAAAACGCAACAGAAAAUACUUGGGGGUAUAUGUUAUAGAAGUGUUUCAUCCAAACUUUUUUUGGGUACAUCUUCGAGAAAAUAGAAGACAUUUUGAUAAAAUGAUGGAUGAUCUAUCGGACUUCUACGAGUAUAAAAAAAGUACAUAUACCAUUGCCAAAAUUGCCUUGAAAAAGGACCUGAAUUGUGCGUGCAUUUACGCCAAUAGGUGGCACCGAGCGAUCAUUAGGAGUGUAAAACCAGAUUUUAGAGUAACGGUAUUCUUUUAUGAUUAUGGUACUAUGAAGACAUAUACACCCGAGGAUGUAUAUUAUUUGCAUCAACAGUUUGCCUAUUUACCGGCUCAAGCAAUACCUUGCGGCUUAUAUAAGAUUAAACCAAGUGUUGGUGAUCGCUGGAAAAGGAGCGUAGCUGAAAAAUUCAGCGAAAAGAUUGAGGAUACUCUUUUAGCUGCAACUAUAGUUACUAUUGAUCCUGAGCACAAUUCCAUGAUGGUCAUUUUGACCGAUACAAGCGAAGAAGAGGAUGUGCGUAUAAACGAUUGGUUAGUGAAUGAGAGACUAGCGCAAGUGGGUAACACGGUGCGUAUGUUUGACAUAAUACAUUAUAUGACAUCCGAUAAAAUCAAAUCUUCUAAGUCUAUUAAGACAUUUAAUGCGGGAAGCGCAGACAAUAUAAAUAAAUCGCGACAUAGAAAUAAUUUGAUAUCGCGUGAUGAGAGAGCGCAUAGAUUAUCCGAUGUAAAAAGCGAAGAUAUCGAAAACAAUACUGUCAAGUCCUUGCAUAACGUCCCGAACAGCAAAAAAGUGUUCCUGCAAAGGGUAUGCAGUAAAUCGCUGGAUGCUAAAUCUUUGCAUGACAAAUCUUCGUCUGCUAAGUCUUUAAAUGCUAAGUCUCCGGAUACUGAGGCUUUGGAUACUAGAUCGCAGUCGAGAAAUUAUCCGCAAACUGGGCAGUCGAGGACACCUACGAAAGUUCCAUUGUUGGAAAAAUCGAAAACGUUGAGUCAUAAUCGGAAAUCCGAUUCUGAACCGAGCACUUCCAUGUCCGGGACAAACACAGAGGAAGAUAAUGCAAGACAAAUCGAUUCAAGUAGGGAAGUAAAAUUGCAGAAUAACGGUGAAAUAUAUAACUCUCCCGGUUAUAUGGACUUCAGUAUGAGAGAUUCCGAUGAUGAAAAUAAUGAUACGAAAGAUUUUGGAACAUUUAGGAGUUUGUAUGGUGGACAUGGUUUGAUGGAGCCCUUUGAUUGGUCGGUAAUAAGAGAGGAGAAUAAAACAACUGAUACAGUACCUGAUAAUUUGGAUAUGUCAAGUAAAAAACAUAAGAGCGACGUAGAAGAUAAAUCAGGCUCGCAUAAUCAGAGAAAUGAGACACCUGGCGAACAAUAUUUUUUAAACAUGACCCGUAUGGAAGAGGAAAUUUUUCUGCCUGAGGAUAAUAUUUCUCUGCCUGAGGAUAAUAUUUCUCAGCGAUUUGACGAUAUGACCGAUUUUAUAAAAAUGAUGAGAGACAAGACAACACCCAACCAAAUUGUCACAGUAAGGUUUAAACCCAUGACGAUGAAGACAUUGUAUGAUAGUGUUGAAUCUGAAGAUACAUCAAAAUCCAGUACAAAUAUCGUUGAAUUCAAUGACGUAACUUCUUCGAGGGAAAUUAAUCGAGAAGUAGACAGAAAUGGCAAAGUAUGCGAAAGAAAGGCCAAUCUGAAAAUACAGGACGGAAAUUCCAAUACAGAUCCGGAGUCAGUUUUUUCUAAUAUAUCUAAUAAAGAUAAUAUGAGCAAAGAAAUGUCUGGACGCAAUACAAACAAUUCCCUUGCGUCCAGUACAAAUAAUAAAGCAUGCAUUCCUGGAUACAAGAGGCUACUGGACAAAUUAAGUCGCAAGACAAACUCCAAUUUCGUUGACUCAAGUGAAUCUUCUAGCAGCGAGCAAAUUCGAUCGUCGUCUUACAGUAUCAAUACAUCCAAUGAUAGCAUCAUUAUAUCAUCAAACGACGAACAAUCUAAGGCAUCGAACUGUAUGGAUAUAAAUAAUCGCAUCAAGAUACACAGCUUGGUUAAGAAGUCAAUGUCCGAGGAGUUGCCUAAAAAGUUAACAUUAGAUGAAUCACAUAAUGAUUCCACAGUAACAACUUUUUCAUCCAUAGAAACAGAUUCUCUUGCUUCUUCUAACGUUGAUGACAUAAAGCAGCGUCAGUUGAAUCAGUCCUUGGAAAUUGAUUCACGUGCUUCAAAUGUUGAUGACACGAAACAGCAUCAGUUGAAUCGGUCUGAUUCUAUUCCUGUAUCCUGUAACAUUGAUGAUUCAAAAUAUCAAUUGCAUGCGACGGAUCAGACGGCGUUGGACGUUCCGAAACUAAUGCAACAGAUGUUAAAGAUCGUGAAAAAUAUACAGAAUAAUAACACUGAAUUGGAUUCUGACGAUCUGACUUCUAGUCGAGAAAGUAUCAAUGACGAUAAAAGUGACGAAAGUAAGAGGGGUAAUGAAUCGAUUAAAUCAGAUUUCGUAUCCGAAACGUGCAAAUCGAUGAAUGAUGACGCGAACGUGACCGAAAUAGCAUUUGCUCCGGUCGUCAAUGACUGCGAUGUAGAAUCCGAUGACGGAUGGGAUGUUUGUGCAGGAUCUAUUGAAGACUCAAUUUCCUUUUUACAUCGCGCACAUAAUAUAAGCAACGCAAUUAACUUAAAUCUAGAACAAUAAAUUUGAAAAUUGACGCCACGAGAGCGAAUAUAAUAAAUUAUAUAUAAUCAUAAAUUAUAUAUACGAUC